AUGGCAUCUCUGCUGGACAACAUAGCCAGACCUUCUGUGGUCGUUCUGCAGCUGUCUGUGGUGCUUGGUGUAAUCUUCGUGCUGCUGAAGGUGGUCCACUUCUACCAGAAGAGGAAGAAACUCAUCAAAGCUCUGGAGACGUUCCCUGGACCCCCAAAACACUGGCUCUAUGGCCACAAUCACUUGAUAACUGGCGAUAAAAUGUUACAUCAGAUUAUGUCAUGGGCAGAAGAAUACCCCUAUGCCUUUCCCAGAUGGCUUGGACCAGUCCUGCCUUCUUUAGUAAUCCACCAUCCUGAAUAUGCCAAAACCAUACUUGGCCAAACAGACCGCAAGUCCGAGGUACCCUACAAAUUUGUAGUUCCCUGGAUCGGGCAGGGGCUGUUGGUCUUGCAUGGAACCAAAUGGUUCCAGCAUCGGAAGCUGCUCACCCCAGCCUUUUAUUACAGCGUGCUGAAAUCUUAUGUGGCCCUGAUGUCAGACUCAGUCAAAGUGAUGCUGGAUAAAUGGGAAAAGAAGAAUUCAGAGAUGAAGUCAGUGGAGCUCUUUCAAGACGUCAGCUUGAUGACGCUAGACAGCAUCAUGAAAUGUGCCUUCAGUUAUAAUACCGACUGUCAGACUCAGAGCAACUCAGACUAUUAUAUCAGAGCCGUUUAUGACCUGAGCUACCUCGUGAGCAAUAGAGUCCAGACAUUUUCUUACAAGGAUAUCUUCUACGACUGGACUCGCAAAGGCCGUGAGUUUCACGAUGCCUGCAAGCUGGCCCACACCCACACAGAUAAGGUAAUAAGAGAAAGAAAGAUGUUGCUCUCCAGUGAGAAGGAACUUGACAAAAUCCAGAAGAAGACACACAUGGAUUUUCUGGAUAUUCUUCUUUGUACCAAGGAUGCAAAUGGAGUUGGUCUAUCUGAUGAGGACCUGCGUGCUGAGGUGGACACGUUCAUGUUUGCGGGUCACGAUACCACGGCCAGCGGGAUCUCCUGGCUCUUGUACUGCCUGUCGUUACAUCCAGAGUACCAGCAACGGUGCAGGGAGGAGAUCCAGGGCAUCUUGGGAGACCGAGAUACCAUUGAGUGGUGA